AUCUUUGUGCUCAUCAUCGCCAAUAUGAGCCGCUCAUCCGAAACCUGCUGGACCUGUCGGAUCCGCAAGAAGAGAUGCGAUCGAAAGCAGCCGGCCUGCAGUGCCUGUCAUUCGCUCGACAUCACCUGCUAUGCCGGCAACAGCCGUCCAAGAUGGGCCGAUGAUGCGCUUGAGCGAGAGAAAGUUGCGGAUCAGAUCAAGGCCCAGGUCAAAGAAAAGUCAGAACGUCGGCGCGAGAAGAGCUACGUGAAAGUGAUGCCGUUGGGGAGAGCACGCAAACCAGAAGAUACCGGCAAAACCACAGCACAUCGCGGUACUCAUCGGCAUUCGCAAAGAGAAGAGUCGAGUCCAAAUGCCAAAGCGCAAGAGCAAGCAGAUGCUGUUCCAACCUGCGAGGGGUGUGCAAACAAUGGUGCACCAUCCUCAAUAGAACGAAACCGACCUCAGACAUCGUCCUCUAACCCCGGUCUGCUCGGCAUCUUCGAAGAUAUUGACUUCGACCUCGAAAUCACCUUUCUGGAUUACGCUUUCCCCUUUCUCUUCCCGUUUUAUCGGCCCUCAUUGUUUGAAGGAGGACGUGGCUGGCUGUUGACAACCCUGAGGAAGAGCAUGCCGCUGUUCCAUACGGCCAUGGGCUUCAGCACCUACUUCUUCACGCUCGCUAUGACGGAUCUUGCAAAUGAAGGACAUGACACCUGCAGAACCAUUGUCGAGGGAAAGCUCACGUCUCAUGUGGACACCGCAAUCAAAGCCAUGAGACAGGGGAUCGAAGAACUUGGAAGUGCUCAAAAACCCCCGUCAAUCUUUGACAGGGCGCACCUCAUGGAGGGCGUUGUCCAGCUGUUGGUAUUCGAGACGAACAUUGCGGGAAGUAGAGAAUGGGGUAUUCACCUCAAUGCUGCCGUCUCACUCUUUAAAGAGAUAUUCGAAAUGCCCAAUGACCAGGAUAGCAGCAGGCCUGAUCUUCAAUCAGUGCUAGCCAUGAUGCAGAGAUCUGGAUGGUCCACUGUGACUAUGAAGCACAGAUUAUGGAAUCCUGACCAGGGUGCCUUUCUCUUUCACGUCGCUUUCCUUGCAUUUGCGGACAUCAUUUCAGCAACUAUCAGGGGCACCUCUCCAAUACUACAAGACUAUCACUUACUCUUGAUCAAUGGCAACCCGGAUGCAGAGAACGCACGUCAACGCUUGGACUUGGAAGACUUUGUCGGCUGCCAAAGUCGGAUCCUCCUUAUGAUUGCUGAUAUUGCUGCCUUGGUGGAGGGGAAAAAGCAGGGCCGAGUAUCUCGCAAUAUCUUGUCCAUUGAAGGCAACAGGAUUGCGGAGAUACUACAGGGCAGUAUAGCCAAUCUUCGGGCUAACAUGGGAAAGCCGGUAUCUUCAACGAAUUGCUUCUUUCAAACCUAUCACAAUCCCGAAGCUCCUGCACAAUCUGAAAAUGUCACAUCGUAUAGCUUGAUAUGGGCACACGCAGCAGUCCUGUAUCUAUUCGUCACCACAUCCGGAUGGCAGGACAAGCACGCCAUUGUUCAGGAGAAUGUGACCUCGGCUCUCCAGCUUUUGGACGGGUGUUCUUCGCCGGCAGUCUUACGUAGCCUUACAUGGCCAUUCUGCGUCAUCGGCUGCCUAGCCUCCCCGGAUCAAGAGGCAACAUUGCGGCGAUUUGUUUCCAGAAUGGGUCCCUUAUCAUCAUUCGGCACACUCUACGAAGCAUUGAGGAUUAUGGAGCGGGUAUGGAGUACUCGCGAGGAACGAGAUGUGGAAAACUGGGACUUCUCAUACUGCUUCCGUAUACUAGGAUCAAUGCCUUUACUGAUCUGA